AUGGAAGAAAUCACUCAAACAAUCAACAACUUCAACUUGGCGAACGAUCCCCACAAGAAGAGCCGGAUUCAAGUAUCCAAUACCCAAAAGCCCUUGUUUUUCUACGUUAAUCUCGCCAAGAGAUAUAUGCAACAGUACAAUGAGGUGGAGUUGUCUGCACUUGGGAUGGCUAUUGCCGCUGUCGUCACGACUGCGGAAAUUCUAAAAAACAACGGUUUGGCUGUUGAGAAGAGGAUCACUACCACAACCGUCGACAUGCAGGACGACUCUCGAGGGCUUCCGGUCCAAAAAGCAAAGAUUGAGAUAUUGUUGGGAAAGACCAGAAACUUCGAUGAAUUAAUGGCGGCUGCUUCUGAAGAAAGAGAUGGUGUAGAUGGAGGAGGGCAGGGUUGAUACCAUGUUGGUAUCAUUGUGGAGCCUGCCUUGGUGAAGACAGUUAUGUUUAACCUUCUUUCCAUGUUGUAGUCAAAUGUUUGUUCCUUCAUAAAGAAAAGUUCCAAUCAAUCUAAUUUCUUUUAGAAGAAAAAACUCUUAUUCGAACUUGAA